AUGAACAACAGCACCCGUAAUCCGGGCCUCGUUUUGCCCAAUACGUCUAAAAGAAAUUUGCCAAGUUCGUCGAUGUCGCCGAGUCUAACUGACGAAAAAUCAAAAGUUUUAUUACACAAAAUCGUUUUGCUGUACUCGCCACAAAUGACUCCGGCGACCAAGAAGCCGCAGCCACGUCCGCAUCCAACUCGAUGGACGCUCCUCCUCAGAACCAGCUUCACACCGUUCAGGUCAGGGACCCGGUCAUUCCACCUAUCUUUGUUAAAAACAUAG